AUGAAGCUUUCCGAUGCCUCGCAGGCGGCCGGCGCGGCACUCCUGGUGCUGGCCACCGGCGCGGAAUCGUACAGGAUCCCUCACGGCAGCUCCGCAACCCCCAAGGUCAAGGUGCUCAACGGCACCUACUCGGGCGUGCACAGCUCCGAGUACGACCAGGACUUCUUCCUCGGCAUCCCGUACGCGCAGCCGCCGGUGGGCGACCUGCGCCUGCGCGUGCCCCAGCCGCUGAACUCGACCUGGAACGGGACGCGCGAGGCUGCCGAGUACUCGCCCCAGUGCUACGGGUACGGCAGCGACACCUGGGUGCUCGGGAACUACGUCUCGGAGGACUGCCUGACCAUCAACGUGGUGCGGCCGUCCGGGGUGGCGACGGACCACCUCCCGGUCGCGCUCUGGAUCCACGGCGGCGGCUUCACCAACGGCGGCAGCUCCGACCCCCGGUACAACCUGUCCUUCAUCGUCGAGGAGUCGGUCCGGGCCGGGAGCCCCAUCAUCGCGACCAGCAUCAACUACCGCCUGCACAACUGGGGCUUCCUCCACAGCGACGCCCUCGUCGCCGAGGGGUCGACCAACCUCGGCUUCCGGGACCAGCGCCUGGCCCUGCACUGGGUGCGCGAGAACAUCGCCGCCUUCGGCGGAGACCCGGAGCGCGUCACCAUCUGGGGCGAGAGCGCGGGCGCCUACUCGGUCGGCGCCCAGCUGAUCGCCUACGGCGGCCGCGACGACGGCCUCUUCCACGGCGCCAUACUCGAGAGCGGAUCUCCCCUGCCGCUGGGCUACGAGGCCGGGACGACAGAGUCGUGGCAGCCGUACUACGACGCCCUGCUCGACGCCGCCGGCUGCGCGGGCACCGCCGGCGGCGACUCCCUGGCCUGCCUGCGCGCGAUCCCGGCCGAGGAGCUGAGCAGCGUCUUCAACAGCUCGUUCGCCGACGCCCCCUCGUACGGCCAGGUCGUCGACGGCGACUUCUUCGUCGCCACCGGAGACCAGCAGCUGCGCGAGGGCAGGUUCGUCAAGGUGCCCACCAUCUCCGGCACCAACUUCGACGAGGGCUCCAUCUACGGACCCCUGGGCGUCAACACGACCGAGCAGUUCCGGGAGCUGCUCGCGGCGAGGGGCCUCAACGACUCCGUCAUCGCCGACGUCGAGGUCCUCUACCCCGACGACCCCGCCCUCGGCCUGCCCGCCACCUUCGAGGGCCGCCCCACCGGCAUCUACGCCAACUACGGGGCCCAGUGGAAGCGCCUGGUCGCCUUCCUCGGCGACGCCGCCUUCCAGGCCCCCCGCCGGCUCACCACCCGCUCCUUCGCCGACGAGGGCGUCCCCAUCUGGUCCUACCACUGGAACGUCCUCGUCAAGGGCAUCGCCCCCCCCGCCGGCGUCACGCACUUCCAGGAAGUCGUCUUCGUCUUCCACAACGUCGACGGCCUGGGCUACGACACCGCCGUGGCCACCAACCCUCUCGCCGGCAAGCCCGAGGAGCUGAUCAAGCUGGCCGACAUCAUGUCGAAGCAGUGGAUCAGCUUCAUCGCUCACGGAGACCCCAACUACCACGGUAAGGCCCUGCACUUUCUAGCAUCGCUCUGCACAUCUGGACACCCCCACACCCCCCCCUCCCCACAUCUCUUCCUCAACCCUCUUCUCAUUUCAUCUUCAUCUUUAUAUUUUUUUCUGUCUUCAUCCUCUGUUUUACUGACAACUCUCCGUAUAGACGAGAGCCUCUACUGGCCCAAGUACACGGCUCGGAAGCCCCUGAACCUCGUGUACGACGUCAACGUGACGCACUCCGGAUAUGCGGAGAAGGACACGUACAGGGAGAAGGAGAUUGACUACAUCAUCGACACCAUCUUGGUCUGA